AUGAUUAGUGGGGGUUUCUCUCUUGAAGUUUUCAAGCAGUGGGCUCCAUAUGAAAGUAACCUUAUUACACUGCCAGGGUAUUGUGUUGCUGGAACUAUAGGACAUAAACUGAUGUCAGCUAAAACACCUGUUCGAAUUAAUAUCGACAAGGAUACCCAAAUUGACGUGCGGUGUCAGAUUCAUCAGUUGUCUUUUAGUCCUCAUACUGAUGCCAAAGGAAUCCUGGAUCUCGUGAAAUUUCUAUCCCCCAAGAAUGUGAUUCUUGUACAUGGAGAAAAGCCUAAAAUAGCUAAACUGAAAGAAAAAGUUCAAUCUGAGUUGGGAAUCCAAUGUUUCGACCCUGCUAAUAAUGAAACUGUGAGCAUUCCUUUUACGACUCACUAUGAAAAAGUUGGUGCCUCUGAUGCACUUUUGCAGAGUACCUUGAGCCCAAACUUGAAGUUCUUAAGAAAAUGCUCAGAACAGGGUUCUGAUUUUAGUGAUCUUGACGCAAGAACAAAACCAGGGUUGCAGGUUUUCGAUGACAGAAUGGCCGAAGGGAUACUAGUGGUACAGAGAGACCAAAAAACAAAAGCUUUACAUCAAGAUGAACUCAUGGCUAUGUUAGGAGUAGAAAGUCAUGAAAUCAAGUUUGCUAACUGUUGCCCAGUAGACAUUGCGAAUUCAGAUACAAGAAAUGCAUUUCUUUCUCAACCAACAGUCGACAAAUCCUUUUGGCUGCACUUAUUGUUUGAAAAGCUUUCAAGCAAAUUCCCGGAGACGAGCAUCCAGGAUUGUGGUGAACAUCUUCAAAUCGAGUCAUUUUAUGUCUCUGUUUGUACAAAAGAAAUUUGCCCUCACAGAACUGCUAGUUUGCAAUGCAUGCCUGAAACAGUGUAUUUCUGCUGCACCUGGUUAAUAGCAGAUGAAAAGCUUGCUUGGGAGAUCAUUUCAGUUAUAAAAAAUUUAUUGUUGAAAGACGAGUAAAUGUUUAUCAACUAUUUCUUGAGUUAUUUCAAUAAAUUAUGGACAAUAUACAGUUCCGUGUCAGAUUCGGUCAAUUUAUGACUUGAGUGACAUAGUUUUGAUCAUUGUUUGAUCUAAUCGGGGGCUGCCCUACCUAUUUUAUUGAGAAUGUCACUAUAUUUUUAGUCUA